AUGGCGGCGGCGGCGGCCCGCGGGCGGGGGACGGGGACGCCCGGCGGUCGCGCCGGGGCCGGCAGCGGGCCGAGCACGCGCUCACGCGGGACGGAGGCGGGGCGCCGGGCCGGAGCCCGAACCCCUCCCCGCCACCGGGGAGACGCGCGCGGGGCCGCGGACGGCCAACGGCGAGCGGCCGCCGGGGACCCGACCCACGCCCGGGGCACGCGCGCGCCAGGGCGGGGACGCGGCCGGCGGGGGUGGGGGGCGGCGGGAGACGACGGCGGCCCCUCGUCACCACACAACGCCACCGCCGGGGGGCGGGGGCGAGCGGCGGACGCGGGCGGGAAGGCCGCAGCGGGCCCGGGAAGCGCCGGGCGCCCCGGGGAGCGCGGCACCGGGUCGGCAAGACGGACGACGGACGGGGGCGGACUUUCGGGAAAGGCCGCGGACGGGAGACGCUCCGGCGGCCAGGGGCCAGCCAGGCGCCGGAGAACGGCGAGCGGGAGCGGUGGAGGAGAGGACCGCGGGCCACCGCGAGGGGCUUUCGGGAAGCCUCAGAAGGCACCCGGGAGGCCGAGGUCGGGCGCCCAGGGGCGCACGCGGGGUCCCACCGCCCGAGGCCUCCAGCGCAAGGGCGGUCCCGCGGCACCCGAGGACGCCGGCCCGGCCCCCCACGGCGGGCCCCAAGCAACCUCGCGGGGCUCGGGGGCCCCAACCGCCACCGUUCACGCGACCGGUUCUCCCGAGAACGCUCUCCCGCACACGCGCAACGACGCCCCGCCCCAACACCCCCCGCGCGCCUCCCUCCUCCCCUUCCUCGGAGGACCGAGAGCACUUCGCCCGGGGACGCCCCCCCCGAGCCACGGCGGCCAAGGGGGGGGGCAAGACACCCAACAGCGGCGAGGCCGGUUUCGGUCCACGGAGGGCGGAGUUAGGGGCGCGGCACGCGCGGCGCGCCCGCGACCGUGCGGUCGGGGGACGCGGGCAGGCGGGGGGGACGGGGGGGGGCGGGUCGGCGGCGACGGGGAGGAGGCGCACAGCGGGCGAGGGCCGGGAGAGCGCGUGGGGAAGGGCCGGUCCCGGGAAGGGCGCGCCAACGAAGGCGCGAGCCGGGCCACCGGGCGGGAGCUGGCCCGACCCACACGCGCCCGCCGAGCCACCGCCGGCGGCGACUCGGCUCGGGAGCGGGCGGCGGCCCAGACAGCCAGCCGGCCGCUAGCGCGGCACACACGCACACACACGGGGGGCACGGGUGCGCCUCCCUUGCCGACUUCUUCCACCACCCGCUCCUCGGACACGCCGACGACGGCGGCGGCAGCCCGAGGGGAGUCGCCGGGGAAGGAAACGACGCCACCGCUCGGCCUCAGGCACCUGAGGCGACCUGGAGCGCUCCAGGGGCACCACGGAGGGCCGGGCGCAACGCGCUCAAGCGCGCCCAGGCCGGGCGGUGAGCAGCGCGGCGUCGGGCCGGCCCUCCCCGCGGAGGAGGGGAGGGCCGCUCGCCACGGACCCGGGGCCUUCGGGAAAGGCCGGCGAGAGUGUCCGCCGCGUCCGAGGACCCCGGUCCCGCCAGCGCCGCGAGGCAAGAAGGCGGGAGGCCGGGGUCGGGCCGGAGUCCGCACCACCCCCAACCCCGGCGCGCGCCCCCCGCGCACCCGCCACGACGGCCGGGCGCGGAGGAGCCGGGGAGGGAGGGGCCCGCGGGCAGAACGAGAAGAGCGGUCGCAUCCGCCGUGGACGCCCGUCCCUCGUCUGACGCGGCUUAGGCCCGGCCCAGGAGAGCACGAGAUCACCACAUCGAUCGAUCGGCAGCAAGCUGCGGCCCCGAGGGGGCUUCCCGAGGAGCAAAAGCCCAGCGAGGACGGCGACCGGGGGGACCUGCUUCCGCCUCACCGGCAAGCCCCUCGACCCCCGGGGGGGGGGGGGGCAGGAGCGACCGGACAACCCCAGACACAGCGGGGGACGCCUGACACGCGGCACGGAGCCUUGCGAGACAGGGGUUGUCACGGCCAACGGCCGGGUGCCCACGGCAUGGAGCGCACGGGGGUAAAAGACCCACCGCCACCUGCCCACACCGCCCUCCCUCGGGUGCCGGAGACCGGAGGGCGACACCGCGACCCGGGCCACCUGGAGUCCAGCACGAGAGCCGGCGCGCAGGCCCAGGCGGACGGCUCAGGCUCCAGCGAGCGAGGACAGGGACCGGCUCGGCCGCGCGGUCAAGCCCGGAACCCCACCCGCGCCCAGAGGCCCACAUCUCUAAGGCGAGCGACGGACGGACCGGCUGUCUUUUACGUCUGCCUGUCGUCUGUCUGCCUGUCGCCGAAACACAACGUGUCAGCACCUACCUGGCAACAAAAAAUGUUCAUUUCGGGCAAGAAAAUAACCGCGCCUGCCGGCGGGGACCAACCACAGGUCACCGCGACCUCCCGGGACCGUGACACGGCCAACUGUCCCCAAAACCUGCCCCACGGCGCCCCCCCACCCCCACCCCACGGAGCCCCCAGGGCUAUCUGGUCGACCCAGGGAACGGGGGGGGGGGGGGAGGGGAGGAGGGGCGAUACGCGGUCGGUGGAGACGCCACGCCGCCACGCCGCCACGCCGCCACGCCGCCACGCCGCCACGCCGCCACGCCGCCAAGCCAGUGAUCUCCGAGAGGAGACUUUGAAAAAUCAUCAAAGUUCUCCGGAGGCAGGCACCGUGCGGAGGCCGUCCCCCGCGGCCCUCAGGACCGCCCCGUGCCUACCGCCGUCCCCAACCCCGGCUCGGGCCAGGGGAGGUGGAGGGCCACGCGCGGCAGAGGCAGCCUCACCGGGAAUCGCCACCGGGGCCGGACGCCCGAACGGACGGCCCGCCCACCCCCGCGUGGCACCCGGUCCGACCGCCCGGGACCCACCUCCGCAGCGGGCCUCGGAACAAGGGGAGAAAAUCGCGUCCGACGCCCGGGACCCCCACACGUGCCCGCAGCCGGGUCUGUCGCGCCACCCACGGGCUUCCCCUCCAGGCUCAGACCGGUCCCCGUCGCCAGGGCGUGACCACGGGAGACAACCGAGUGACACGGAAGGAAGGCCCGAAGAUCGCCCGGAGCCACAGGACGGACGGCGGGACACACCCUGUCCCCCGCCCCCGAGGCGGCCCAGGUCGGUCCGCGCGGGCGGAGGAGGAGCCACCGGCGGGUGCUGGUCGACCCACCCAGGCGGCCCGCACGGCCUCCUCCGGGAGCGAGGCGGAGGCGACAGCGGCGACAGCGGCGACGGCGACACUCCCUCGCAGCUCCGGAGGUCCAAUCUCCGGCGAGCGCAUCGCGCGCCGAGGCCCCGGCGACAGCCGGACGCUCGCGCCGGAGCCGCCCUCCUCCUGGAACUCGGCCCCGGGAAACCGACACCAAAGCUGUUCCUUGCCUGUCGCCGCCGAGCCUCCGGAGGGGACACGCUCUAUAAAAGCGGCCGCCAGGUGGCACCCGACAACCGGCGCGAACGACAGCGGGACAGAUCCGGGCGGCGAGGCCGUCAGGGCGCCUCGGAUCUCGCCUCUCGGCCCGGGGACGGCGGAGGGCCCCGGGAGCACACGGCCGCGCACCGCGCGAACCCCCGUCCUCCCGGGGCGGGGGAGCCUUGGAAAACCCGUCCGUCCGUCCGUCCGUCCGUCCGGGCCCGCUGCCGCCCGGAAAGGGGGUCGCGCUCGCCGCGCGGGGCUCCCGGGACGACUCAGGCACGUUUCCGAGGUCAGGGAGGGAACGUAGAGCCGAAACCAGGCGAGGACUCUUAG